UACAUGCACACUGUUACUUCUAUACACUCCGUCAUGGGAGGUUACAUUGUAUCAACUGUGGUGAUUUUCGCCGUUGCUGUUACACAGGUUUCAUGCGGAGGUGGUAAUCCUGGUGAUUAUUGUACUUUGGGACACGGGUGUGUCAAUGGUGGUACCUGUGAUCCCACAGCAAACGGCGGUUUUGGAAGGUGUGCGUGUCCAACAGGUUAUUCAGGUCGCAGAUGCCAGACAGCGUGCAGCUCGAACACGGACUGUCAGAACCAAGGCACCUGUUCAUCGGGACUCGAAUGUCAGUGUCCAAGCGGAUAUUCAGGUGGAAAGUGUGAGACUCCAUCUGCGGCAAGUCCUGUGACGUCCCAGUACCCGAGUUUGAUCGUGAUCUCCGUCUUUGUCGGCCUCUUGACGAAGAUGUAGCCUAUUUCUUAAAAGUGUGGUGGACUGUUUUUAUAAAAGUGAGUGAGUGAGUUGGGGUUAACGCCGCUUUUAACAGUAUUUCAGCUUAAUGUGGGAGGAAAGCCCUAAGUGAUGCAGGUCUCAGACGUUUACCACUUCGGUG